AUGUCGAGCGCCUCGCUGUCGUCGGCCAAUACGGCCGUCUCACCCUCGAGGUCCUUCUCAAUCGACUCAAUCCACGAUGAGGAGGCCGCCAUGAACAUUGGGGCCAAGACGGUCGAUGCCGAGGCGCCUCGCCCCCGGGGGCUGCACCCCGCCGUUCACAUAAUGAACUGGAUCUUCUUUUCAAAUCUGACUAUCUUGUUCAACAAAUGGAUCAUCGGCUCCACCAGCUUCAAAUAUCCCAUCAUUCUUACCUGCUGGCACCUCGUCUUUGCCACUCUGGCGACCCAGCUUCUCGCGCGCACCACCUCGCUCCUCGACUCGCGCCACAAGUUACCCAUCACGCCUCGCCUCUACCUCCGCACCAUCUGCCCCAUCGGGCUUCUCUACUCGGGGUCCCUCGUCUGCUCCAACCUCGUCUACCUCUACCUCUCGGUCGCCUUUAUCCAGAUGCUCAAGUCGGCCGCUCCUGUUGCCGUCCUCUUUGCCUCGUGGGCCUGGGGCGUCGCCGAUCCCUCGCUCUCCUCUUUCGUCAACGUGCUCGUCAUUGUCGCCGGCGUAGCCAUUGCCUCGGUUGGCGAGAUUCAUUUUUCGCUUAUCGGUUUUCUGUACCAGCUUGGUGGCAUCGGCUUCGAGGCCGUUCGUGUCGUCAUGAUUCAGGUCAUGCUUUCUGGAGAGGGACUCAAGAUGGACCCCCUCGUCGGCCUCUACUACUACGCCCCUGUUUGCGCCGUCAUGAACCUCGUCGUGGCAUUACCCAGCGAGGUGCCACACUUUCAUUGGGACGAUCUCACCAGCGUUGGCUUUGGGAUACUCUUCCUCAACGCCCUCAUUGCCUUUUUACUCAACGUCGCCAGUGUUUUCUUAAUUGGCAAGACGUCAGGCCUCGUCAUGACCCUCACGGGCAUCUUCAAGAACAUUCUCCUCAUCAUAGUUUCCAUCAUCAUCUGGCACACCAAAAUAACCCUCCUCCAGGCUUUUGGGUACACGGUCGCCCUGGGUGGCCUGACAUACUACUCUGUCGGCUACGAUCAGAUGGCCCGAGGCGGCGCCACAGUCGUUGCUUGGACAGCUGCCACCAUCUCCCCUUCCUCUUACCCGAGCGCUACGUCCCGCGUUGCUGCCCGCAGGCUGCUGCUCGUCAUCGCCUUCGGCCUCAGCGGGAUCUUCGUCGUCAGCCUGGCUUGGCGGCACUAUGACCCAAAGAAAAAGGGCAUGUUUGCACUGCCCCCCUUUUUCGGCACCGAAUGA